AUGCAACGAGUAGCUCCAAACAAUUUUAAAGAGGCUUUAGUUAGAGUAGUGAUUCCUAAAUAAUCAUCUUAACCUAACAUUUAUCCAGAAUAUAAUAAUUUCUUUCAUAUCCCUCCUAAAUUUAAAUAAUAGCGUUUGACUAUCAAAUAACCUGUAUCCACUUCCAAAUCAAUAGAAGAGAAACGUUAUAAAUAACAUAAACACAAUAUUUCAGAAAACACCAAUAAUCAUACCAAUAGUAGUUCUAAAAGUAAUUUAAUGGGUAAUUUGUAAAUUGAAGAUGAUUCUAUUUAAACCUCUUAAAAUGGUUAAAAAUUAAGAAAAAUUGUUGGAGAUAGUCAUUUGUUUUCAACUACCUAACUUUAGAAACUGUAAUUAAACUUUAAUUAUAUAGAUCUAAAUAGAAUCUAAAUACUAAUCUCACAAAUGAUUCUCAAAGUUCAAGAUAAAGGAAACCUAAAAAUUAGGAAUUAUAUAAUCUUAAUACUUAAAUUCAAUCAAUCAUGAUUAAGAAAAAAUAUCAUUCAAAAUGGGAAAUCUAUAAAGAAUAAUUAUAAAAAUAAUGCAAUCUAUUAAAUGUAUACAAACAUUAAUUUAUUCAAUCUACUCCAAUUAAUGAUAUAUCUGUUAGAAUUAUCAAUAAUUUAUUUGAAAUGAUGAAUAAUAUAUCUAUUGAGAUUUUAUGUGAAUAAGAGACAAAAUUCAAUUAAAUUAUUGAUAAAAUCAAUAUAGAAAAAGAAUUAUGUUUAAAUAAUUACAAAAUAAUUGAAAAAGAAAGAGAUCUAUUGAUUGAUUCAAUUAAUUAACUUAAAUCAUCAAAAUAAUCAACAAAUCAAAUUGAUAAUAUGGAUACUAUUUAAUUAAUAGAAAUACAUAAUAAAAUGCACAUUAAAUUAUAAGAAAUGAGUGAAAAAGAAUCAAAAUUAGUUAAAUUAAUUUUAGCAAUCAAAAAAAGUGGAAUUGAUAUUGAAAAAAUUUACAAUGAAGAAGUACUUAAUGAUGAUAAUGUACUUGAAUCAAAUAAUAAAUUGAAUAGAAUUAAAUAAUAUAAUGUUGAAAUAAAUGAACAUGAUGCUGAUAAUUCUAUAGUAAAUGAUUCUGAUGAAUCUAGUUUUUGCUUUCUUAAUAGAUUUGAAAAUGAUUCCAUAAUAGAAAGUGUAAGAAAAUUUGAAUACAAAAAUCUCGAUAUAAAAACCAAUAUUUUUUAACUUAAAUUAGAUUUAUCUAAUUUAUAAUCUUAAUCUAAUUAAAUAAAAUAAUAAAAUAAUAAAUCAUAAAAAUUAUAAAUACAAUAAAAUCAUUAAUAAAUACAUAAAUCACUUUAAAAUUAAUGUUCUAUUGGCUUUCAUUAAGAAUUUAUGUCAAAACUAAAUUAAUUUUCUGAAAGUUAGAGUGUUUAAGCUAUAAAAAGAUGA